UACUUCAUCUUCACAGUGGACAAGUCUCACAGUUGUCUGACUUCUGCCGCUUGUUAACCGACCAUCUUCCUUGUGCGAGGUGCAUAAACGGAUCAUUCUGUCAGCGUCUGGACUGCAGCGGGAACAGAAUGCAUCUGGUCUGGACCUGCGAGGACCUGCAGCGUCUCUGAAGGACUGGUUCCAGGCUGACAGAAGAUGGAAGCUGGUUCCUCAGCUGUGGAUCGGAGCGCGCUUCUGACACUUAUUCCCCAGUCCACUCGCCUGGCAGUUGCCGCUCUGCUCUAGCACCCAGAGGAGUUGACUCUGUCUCGUAACUUGAGCAAUGGAAGAAGUUGACAACAUUUUAAUUCACGCCCUAAGGCAGGUCGGCACUGAGGUGAGUGAAGAUGUCACCAGUGUUAAAGAGUUCACCAGUGAGCUGAUCGUGGAGGCAGUGGUGAGAUGCGUGCGGGUGAUCGACUCUGGACUGGGCAACGCUUUACCAACCUCCCUGCCGCCCGGCAUGUCUGCCCGCUUCAGAGUGGGCAUGAGCCUGGCACAGGCCUGCCAGGAUGUUGGUUAUCGAGGUGAGAUUGGCUAUCAGACCUUUCUAUACAGUAACGAACCAGAGAUUCGCUCGCUGCUCAUGUUCCUGGUGGAGAAGCUGCCCAGAGAAAGAGCUGAAGACUCAGACCAGCCUACGGGUAAAUCUGUCCUCCAGCGAUCCAUUGCAGCAGCUAUCAAGUCCCAGCUGACUGUUCCGUGGCUGCCUCCAAAUUGCCGCCUGCCCUUGCUGGCUGGAACGCAUGUUUUUGGCGCCGUAAACAGCUUCCACACUCAGCCGCUCAGUUUACCACACUGCGACAAAGACCCUGGGAAGAAAGCGCUGAAGGAACAAAUCGACUACCAGCGGAACGUCCUCCUCCCGGUGACGGCCCAGUCCUGCCAUCCUCCCACUGUGGUGGCUUCCAUUUUGGAGGAGCACGCUGCUGAGCUGAGUGCUGCUCAUGAGUGGGACAACGAGUGGAACACUCAGGGGCUCCUCUCUCGACUCACACCGCAGGACUACAGAGCCAGAAAGCGGACUCGACUGCGGAAGCGCAUCCAAGAACAGUUGCGGUCAGCAGCUCUCCCUUCAUCUGAAAAUGCUUCUGCUGGUCUUCGCUCCAACACCGACCUCGCUGAGCUACUGCAGACCUUUAGAAGUUCCACAACUCCUGAUCACAUUCUGGCCAAGGGCUCCCACUUUACCCACACACAGAAGUUCACCUUCACCCAGGUGAUGCGGAAGCACUCAGGAGUAGGUGCAGUUUGGUGGUCUCACUUACUAUGUUUGUGUGUUCAGGAGACAGCAGCGGUGCCAACCCCGAUCCCUAUCCCAACUGGACGUCAGUCAGAGACUGAGAUCCAGCUCCGCCAGCAGGAGGAGCUGUCUCUCCUACAGCAGCAAUUCCAGAAGCUUUGCUCUGAGUUGGAUCAGCUGACUGCAGAUAUGAAGCACAUGAAUGUUACUCAUUCGCAGGUGUUGGAUGAGUUGACACAGACACAGCUGGCCAAUACUGAUCAGGAAGAAAAGAUUCAGGUGAAGAAGAAAACCAUCGACCUUCUGCCUGACGCCGACGACAACGUCGCAAAGCUUCAGGCUGUGGUGGAGGCCAGCAGCAAGAGGGUGGUCCACCUGGCUUCACAGUGGGAGAAACACAGAGCUCCACUCAUCGAGGAGCACCGCAGGCUUAAGGAGAUCUGCAGCAGUCAGGAUCUGGAAUCUUCGAGAAAACUGUCUGAAAUGAAGUCCUUGCAUGAAAAGAUCCGAGUGGCAACAGAGGAGGCCAAGAAGAAAGAAGAAAUGCACAAACAACUGGUGUCAGAGUUGGAGAGCCUUCCUCAGGAUGCCUCACGGUCGGCGUACACGGAGAGAAUCCUGGAGAUUGUGAGCAACAUCAAGAAGCAGAAGGAGGAAAUUAUCAAGGUUUUGUCUGAUACCAAGGAGCUGCAGAAGGAGAUCAACAACCUGACAGGAAAACUGGACCGGACCUUUGCUGUGACAGAUGAGCUUAUCUUCAAGGAUGCUAAAAAAGACGAGUCUGUGCGCAAAUCCUACAAGUACCUGGCUGCCCUUCAUGAGAACUGCAAUCAGUUGAUACAAACCAUCGAGGACACCGGAACGAUCCUCAGAGAGAUCCGAGAUCUGGAGGAGCAGAUCGAGGCAGAAGCUGGAAACAAAACAGUUGCUAACCUUGAAAGGAUCCUGGAGGACUACAAGGCCAUCCGGCUGGAGAACUCUUCCCUCGCUGCUAAAGUGCGAGAGGGGUGAUGCUUCCGUCCUGUCCUUUCUGACCCCUGAAACUCUUGAUCUCAGUCGCUUCUCUUCUGAAGACAGUUUUUUAUCCACAAAUGACAUUUUGACAGACAGUUUGCGACACCUGGUUGAAAGAGAUACUGUGACACAUGCGCUUCCUGUUGGUGGUCAGAUAUUUUACUCAUGAAGACCAGAAAAAAAUCAAAUGUAAAGGACCAUUCCCAUAUUUUCUGCCUUUUAUUUGAACUUCUUGUUUGCGGGGAGGAAUGUAGUUUGAUGGCUAACAAUGUGAGGCAGGUACCAGCUUCAAUAAAGAUGCCUUAUCACUCUGAAGCUGCCGGAUGCCAGUGAAUUCUUCGACUUCAUUUGGGAUUUCCCAUCAGCCUCCUCCACCUAAACCUAUCUUGGUCAUCCUUGUUACACCUCUUCAUGACCUCAUUUACCACCUCAUUGACUUGCGCUAACCCUCUCACUCACUGCUUCCAUUCUUGUCACUCCCAUUGACAAACUUCCUCAAUGCCACUUUUAAUUCUCCACCCAUAGAUCUUCCCUCCCCACCCUGCCUGCACUCUCCUCUUCACCAUCCUUUCAGAUGAUAGUUUUCACCUCAGCUGCCAAUUCAUCACCACACACAUAUGUUCAAUGUAUUUUAUUCAAGUUGUGUUGUCCAGAUUGAGCCAUGAAUAAUUAUUCC